AUGUCAAGAAACGUGGUACUAACAGUGCUUGCUACUGCUGCUAUAACAACAGCAGCAGUAGAAAUCUACCAUAGAUACAAAGGGUACCUAAAGGAACUCACCACGAAAACUUCACAGCCUGUCAAAUCACGAAAAUUCUCACCUGGUGAAUACUCCGAAGAACUCAUCCGUGAACAACUAGCAAGAAACUAUGCAUUUCUUACCGAAGAAGGUAUGGCAAAAGUACGAAACCAAAGAAUCAUAGUUGUUGGUGCCGGUGGUGUUGGAUCAUGGGUUGCAACCAUGCUUGCACGAUCUGGAGUUGAACAUUUACGAAUUAUUGAUUUUGAUCAAGUAUCAUUAAGUUCAUUAAAUCGUCAUGCAGUGGCAACUAUUUCCGAUGUUGGUAUUUCUAAAGUUGAUUGUUUGAAAAACCAUUUAUUGCAAAUUGUACCUUGGAUUGAAAUUGAUGUUCAAAAUAAGUUGUGGAAUUUGGAUCUGGCUCAAGAAUUGUUGGAUUUCAAUCCAACUUAUGUCAUUGAUUGUAUUGAUAAUUUCGAUACUAAAUGUGAUUUGUUAACUUAUUGUCAUCAACAUAAUAUCCCAAUUGUUUCAUCGGGUGGUGCAGCUACUAAAUCUGAUCCAACGAGAAUCAAUGUUGCUGAUAUUUCCAAAACCGAAGAAGAUCCAUUAUGUAAAAAAAUACGUAUUGUUUUGAAAAAGAGAGGUAUAACAACUGGUAUUCCAUUCAUAUUUUCAGCAGAGAAGCCUGAUCCAAGAAAGGCAAAACUUUUACCAUUAGCAGAAGAGGAGAUUGUCAAAGGAGAAGUUGAUCAGCUAUCAGCAUUAAAAGAUUUUCGUGUUCGUAUAUUACCAGUAUUGGGUACUAUGCCAGGUAUGUUUGGUUUAGCCAUUGCCACAUAUAUAUUGACCACAGUAUCUGGUUAUCCAAUGGAACCUAUUGAAGGUAAAAACAGGUACAAAAUUUAUGAUGAUAUGUUGCAAAGUUUAGCUGGUCAACAAUUGCGAAUUGGUGAAGAAGAUCAACGUGUUAAAAUCUCCAUGGCUGAUGUCAAUUACAUAUUGGAAGAAGUGUUUAGGGGUAAAUCGCCGAUUUCAAACUACUCAACCAGAUUGGCAUUGAGUAAAUGGGAUCCAUCAAAGGAAAUUAGUUUGCAAAAUGUUGUGGUUAUGACAAAAGAUGAACAAAGAAAACAUGAAAAGAGGAUAUUGAUUGGCGGUGAAAAGUUGGAGGAUGUUUAUCUGAAAGAAGUUAUUGAUUUGGUUAAGUCAAGACAUGAGGAUGAAGCUUAUUACUCAAAAUUUAGAUAG